UCGCUGUCAACUUUAAUGAACUGUGCUUUUGUUUUGCUUGUCAGUUACAAAGGUCCAUUGUUAGAUGACGGAGCACUGGCUCAGGCAGUCUCUCGUGGAGCCAAUUCCCCGGAGUUCACCAAACUCUGUGCUUGGUUGGUAUCUGAGUUACGGCUGUUCUGUAAACUAGAGGAAAAUGUGCAAGCAACUAACAGUCCAAAUGAAGCUGAAGAAUUUCAACUCGAAGUGAGUGGGUUGCUGGCUGAAAUGAACUGUCCAUACACAUCGUUAACAACAGGAGAUGUGACAAAACGCCUUCUUAACCAAAAGAACUGUCUCUUGCUGCUUAAAAAAGAUUUUUGCUGUGUGUGUGAAUGCCAGGGUAUUUAUAUAGAAAAAAAAAAAAAAAAAAAAAAAGCAAAAACACAGCGUAGCUUAUGUCAGUUGAAAGGCAGAACAGUAUUCUUACCAAAAGCACCAGCUAAACAUAAGCAGCAUCACUGGAAUUCAGUGCAGUACUGGCAUAUGCAAAAAGAAAUUCCAGUUUUGGAGUAUGGUGGCAAUGUGAAUGGGCCUGUCACAAAACUUUUGAUGCUGAAUGCAUCAGAUUUAGAGAAAUUUGCAUCAGAAAUGUUUGAUUUGCAGCUUCUAAUUUCUCCUUCAGAAAACAAACGAGCAAAACCUCACUUUGGACUAACACUGAAAUAA